AUGACGCAGUUUAGUUAUGCAGAAUAUCUCUCAUUGUUCCGUUCCAGUGGAGUGAAGAGUCACUGGCUGGGUUUUGACAGCGGAGCGUGGUGCGAGGAUUCUGGUGACGUCACUGCAAGCCUAUCACAGGAACCCAUAAUGCUGGCAAUUAGGAGAGGUGAUGUGCAGACAGUCACUGAACUAGCAACUUCUAUAUCAUGCAUCCAGACCCAUAGUCCAGUGGAAGACUGGACAGCCCUACAUGAAGCAGCGUUUUAUGGACAAGCUGCAUGUGUAAAAGCUCUACUUAAAGAUAAGCGCACUCUCCAGGAACAGACUGCUCUUCUAAUUGCAACUGAUGGCAGGCACCUGGAGUGUGUGAAGUGUCUUCUGGAGGCAGGUGCAGACCCAGAUAUCAGCAAUAAACACAAAGAGACACCACUGUAUAAAGCUUGUGAAAAAGAGAGCAUUGACAUCGUGAGGGUGAUCCUAGCAUUUGGUGGUUCAGUAAACCAGCGCUGCCAACGUGGCUGGACAGCUCUCCAUGAAGCAGCAAGACGGGGGAGCACACAGCUCUGUGAGGUUCUACUUCAAGCUAGAGCUGCCAUUGAUGCCACCAAUGCUUACGGUAUCACUCCACUCAUAGAGGCAGCUCGGCAUGGCAGGACAAAUAUUGUGAACUACCUCAUUAGUAAAGGUGCUGGUGUGAACCUACAGUCAUGUGAUGGGACUACGGCUCUGAGUGAAGCCUGUAAACAUGGUCAUAGAGAGACAGUAAACUUUUUGCUCAGACACCAUGCAGAUGCCAAUAAAUGCUCCAAAACUGGACUUCUGCCUUUGCACACUGCUGCUCAGCAUGGCCAUGAAGAGAUUGUGUCCUUACUGCUGCCUGUCACUAGUCGUGCAAAGAUACGACAAAGUGGCAUCACCCCACUUCAUCUGGCAGCUGAGUUCAACCAGGAAAAUGUUGUCAACGUCUUGAUCAAGUCAGGCUGUGAUGUGAACACAAGGCUGUCUCACGAACGCUCAUCCAUGUUUCAUGACCGCCGCAGCACCGCUCUGUACUGUGCUGUCACAGCUGGUAAUGGAGGAGUUGUGGACUUAUUGCUCAAGGCUGGUGCAAACCCCAACUUGGACCCCCUGAGCCCCCUGCUAGUUGCACUGCGCCAGGGCUGUUUUAGGACUACAUCUUCACUGGUGGAACAUGGAGCAGAUGUUAAUGCUCGUGUACCAGCUCAUCCCACUGAUUUUCCAGGAGCGCUGUUAUAUACCCAUAGCUUGGGAAUUUUACAGUACCUGUUGAACAAUGGAUUUGAGGCACAGGAAUGUUUCAGGUGUGACCAUACAGACAGCAGGCAACCUUCUAGCCUCAGCAGAACGGAGAACACAGACCUGAGGACUCACUCAGCGACAGGAAAUGGAUUUCCAUCACAAACAACCUGUACAGAAUCAACAAUCAGAAAUCUACAGUUUUGUGAGUGGAUUUCCUCUGUGAGUCAUAUGGCUGCACCUCUGAUCACCUUGCUACUGGAUUAUGUUGGAAAUGUCCAACUGUGUUGUAGAGUCAUUGAACAAUUAAAAAGCAAAAAAGAGUGGGCUGCCAUUAAGGAAAAAGCAACAUCUCCUCGUCCACUGAUGCAUCUGUGUCGGCUGAAGGUUCGUGAGCAAGUUGGUGCCCAGAGACUGACAUCUCUAAAUACUCUUCCACUACCAGGCAGACUGCUGCACUAUCUGUGCUGUUCACAGGACAGCACUACACAAUUUACAAUCCUCAAGCUUGGGUCAACUCUAACAUAAAUUGCAAGUUGCUUGAAAUUUCUAUUCUACCUUUUUUGUAUCGUUUGUAUCAGUCGUGCUUUUUGUGGUUGUGCACACAGUUUUAUCUGUUUAUAAAAAGAGAUGAGAGAUCACAUUUUAGGUACUUCUAAUUUAUGAUGAAUACUUGUAAUAGGUAUACAACUGCAAUUAACCAUUCAACAUAACCAAAGUGAUGAUUAUCUACAAACAAGCAAUUGUAUUUAUUACACUGGGACAGAGACUGAACAAGAUUCAUGUGUGUUGUGAAUGAAAACAGCAUUUAAACAUAACGUGAAGACUCCUCACUGAAAAUGAUGUAAUUUUUAAUCAUGUGGUGUGUGUGUUUCUGAGAUUUGGUAGUCUUCACCUUAUCAUGGACCCUACAUCAAGUCAAAAUGUGCAUUCUUAGUGAAGUGCACCAAUUAUACCGUACAAGUGAAACCUAAAGAAACCUGCUUGCACUGAUAUGUUCAUGUGAAUAUCCUUGUUCAGCCUUUCGCUUGAUGUAUUGUUGAGAUGAGUUUUAGUGUACUGAAGAUGUUUGGAUUUAUGCAUCAUAUAAGAUGUGUGAGAAGGACGUACAUG